GCCAGUAGUGUUAUUGUGUGGGUCGGGACGCAGACCUCAGCCGGACGCCAGCCACACUGUUUGUUUGGUCGAGGGGGGCAGAGUGGCGACUGUGACACGGGGCACAGUGGAGCCAGAGAAUGAUUACUUUAACAAAGAAAUUAAAGUCGAGUAAGGGGGUUGGGGUACCAGAACCCCCUAAAAAGCGGAUUUCUAUUCGUGAUCAACUACUUGUCAAAGAGGUUAGUGAAAUGGAAAGCAACCUGCCAGAGGGGUGUGUCGCAAAAUUUGAUGACCCAGAUACCCUACACUCAUUUCGUCUAAUUGUGACCCCACCCGAGGGUUAUUGGUCGGGCGGUAUUUUUUCGUUUAGUGUCAAUGUACCAGAGGAAUACAACAUAGCGCCACCAAUAGUGAGAUGCGAGACAAGACUUUGGCAUCCUAAUAUUAGUGAGGAAGGAGAAAUCUGUUUAUCUCUACUGCGUCAAAAUUCUAUUGAUGGCCUUGGGUGGGCCCCAACUCGAAGAUUAAAGGAUGUUGUCUGGGGCCUUAGUAGUCUAUUUAUGGACUUGUUGAACUUUGAUGACCCUCUGAACAUAGAAGCUGCAGAACAUUAUCAACAAGACAAGGAAUCUUUUAGACGGAAAGUUAGGGAAUAUAUUGACAAGUAUACAAAGCGAUGAGAAGGUUGAAUAUUUUAAAACAUUUGUAAAUACUCUUUAAUCUUAGCAGUUGUUUUUUCUUCCAUGUUCAAUAAUAAGCUAAUAUUUUUACAUAUAAGUAUUCAGAUAAGCCAAAAUAGAUAGCAUUUAUAUAUUAUAUAUAUAUAUAUAUA